UAUUUAUGUACCGAAAAAAAGAAACCCAAACCCCGAUGAAACUGAGGGUCGAAGCCCAGGGACAGAACAGGCCGUUGCAUACGGUGGAGGCUAUGGCCCCGAAGCAGGGAUGAGCACAAGUGCCAAAUCUUUGACUGAACACGUGCUCAAUCGGAUGACAAGCACUGAACAGACCUACUAUUCGGCCAAUAGUAUGGAUUACACGACGAGUGCCAGUCCUUCAUCGCCUACACCUCCGCAACAGAUUUAUGUUAAGGAAAGAGAGAUGUACGAAUAUAGAGAAUACAACUCAUCGCCGACGCCCUAUAAGAGCUCGCACUCACCCACACAUCAAAAGCCCCCUCCAGUGGCCACCGGACGGCCGUUCACUCCAGAGGCAGCGCUAAUGUCGCCGACGGCUCACAUCAGUUACCAUCAGCCAGAAGAGCAACAGUGGCUCUCAUCGCAAGACUCGCGACCGCACGACCCGCGCGUGUUUGCCCUCUCGCCUCAGCCGCCGCCGUCUCCGAGUCCUGUAGCCAAUCAAUCGGGCGGUAAAGACACGCGAGUGUUUGGUAUGACACGGCCUAAGGGACAGUCACCGUCGGCCAGUCCGACACAGCCUCCAACUAAUGGCAUCUCCACGUCUGCCACUCCCAGUCCCGUACAAGAUAUCAAUCAACACAAACAGAUGCCCCCUAUAGUGAGUCCGCCUCCAAUACCGCCCCAUCGCAUACCCGCCGGACCGCCCGUUCAGGAUCUCAAACAGUUAAGUUUCGAUGAAAUACAGCGACAAAGCCAGCGGCCAUCGGAUCAGUCGUCGUCACCGCAAGACAAACAAUUUUACGCUCAAAACCAAAACAAAAAAGCGGACACUUUUAAACACCACGGCAUCGAUCGGCCAGUGAUCGGUCGUGUAGUCAACGAUCAGCGGGUUUUCGCUCAAAACUCAGCUUUAAAACUGCAAAGACUCGGAUCCAGUGGCGGCCAAACCCCGCACUGGAAGACACCUUUGCCGCAGAUGAAUGUGGGCCGACCGGAGGUGACACAACUGUUGCCGUCGCAGACCCGCCGACAACAGACAUACAUCGUUCAGACGCCGCCCACCGAACGCAACGCUCGUCCGCCGCCCACCGGCACUCUCAGGCGCCGCAUUAGACCCGUGUGGCCGCCGCCAGAAUGGACGGGACGUCAUAUCCCUAAAACUGGCUUUGCCUCCAGCGGAAGGGACUCGCCGACCACUCGAUACGAUUGGCCGCCCUCGAGGUCGGGCUCUGUGGACCCCGACGGUGGAACCUGUUCUCCGCGGAUGCGCUUCUCGACGCCCCCUCCCGGCCCUCUUCAACACUCGUGGAACCCCCGAAGCGGUUCCGUUACGCCUCCCGGUUCUCGAUCCUAUACACCGACCCGACGCGUCCAAAACACGGCGUGGCCGCCACCCAGUAAUGCCACGCCGGCUGGUGUAGUAGGUAUGCGAGUUGUAGCCCAAUCACUGCCGGGCUCUCGACGAGGCUCUGGUCAGGCGGACGACUACUAUGUCUAUGCCAUCAGCACAAGAAUACCCCAAACAUAUAGACCCCCUCCGCAGACACAGUAUACCGAACCCACCUAUCAUUACGACACCGACUGA